CUUGUAAAACAGGUUAAAUUAUAUUUUUUAUUUUUAUUUUUCUCUAAUCUCUCUUUUCUCACCUCACCCCCUCCAUAGCUGCAUCCAUGUCAACCACCAUAACCACCUCCACAACACCACCUGACCUCCUCCCAAAAUCCUAAUUCCAACCUAUUCCCAUUCCCACCCCCUUCACCACCACCUGACUUCCACCAUCCCUAACCUCGCAACAACCAACCACGGCAACCAGCGGCGUUGCGCCACCAAUCUGUUCACCACCAGCUACCGAACAACCGCAAACCCUAUGCCUCUCCGCCGUAUAACACCCACUACCUCAGUCCUCAGACGUCGUUUAGUACUUUCACGCCAAUUUCACGCCGUAUAGGUGUUUCACGCCAACAAUCACGAGAACCGACAUCGCAUCAGCCUAAAUAGCCUCCAAUUUGAACAAAAAUAGCUCUAGAAUUUGCAACUCAACCCACAAAUCAGCCUAAAUCGGGGGUGGAGGUGGUUUUCGUGGGUUGUUGGGGAGGUGGAUGUUUCGCUAUCGAUCUAGAGGCUGACCGACUUCCAUUUCCUCCCAGUUAGGUGGGGCUUCGGGUUCAGGGUUGGCGGGGCUUCAGGUUCAGGGAUGUUAGGGUUUCGGGUUCAGGGUUAGGUGGGGAUUUCAGGUUGUGAUGGUGGUAAGAGGCGGUGGCAUGGGUUGUAAUGGUGGUGAUAAAGGGGUGGUGGGAGGGGGUUGUGAUGGUGGCGAUAAAGGGGUGGUGGCAGGGGUUGUAAUGGUGGUCUUGGGUUGGGAGAGAUUUAAUUUUUUUUUAAUUAUUUUGUUUUUUUAAUUAUUUAAAGUUAGGACCAAUUAGAAGGUGACAAGUGUCAAGUCACCUUCUACAACAGGUUACUAAUUUCACAAACCGGUAAAAGGUUCAUUUUGGGGAGAUGGGGUUACAAGGUGGGAUUAUUUUUGAAAUUUGACGAGGUGGAAUUAUUUUGAGCAAAUGGGUGAAAAGUGGGAUUAUUCUUUUCAAUUUUUCCUAAUUCCCCUCAUAAACUUCAAUGGAAAAGUGAAAUUAAUAUGAAUUUGAUAAUUUGAAUUCAAGUUUUAUAGGCGUGUUUCUUUUUUUUUUGAGAGCCAUCACUAUUCCUCAUUUCCUCCUAGAUCUAUAUUUCUUCCUCACGUUUGCGCUGCACCUCUUCUCUCUCCUCCAUUGAAGCGUACUGUGUAUUCUCCAUUAAAGCGACUUCUGAGCUUUUUCUCCUCCAUUAAAGCGACUUCUGAGCUCUAUCUCCUCCAUUGUAGUGGCUUGUGAGCUCUAUCUCCUCCAUUGAAGCAGCUCCCGAGGGGAAAAGAGGACAUACAUUGCUGCUGAAUUGGGGGAGAUCUAAAUGGGUAGGUCUGUAAGAUGAACAGCAACUGUCCUGUCCACCCAAGACGGAACUUCUUCAAGGUUUUUAUACUGGUGAGUGGUGUCAUAGAUUAAAUCUUCCCGCCUCGCCUUCAUGACGACCAAACGUGCUUAUAAGCUACAGGAAUUUGUAGCGCAUACUUCCGCUGUCAAUUGCCUGAAAAUUGGAAGGAAGUCGUCAAGGGUUUUAGUCACUGGAGGAGAAGACCACAAAGUCAAUCUUUGGGCCAUUGGAAAACCCAAUGCCAUAUUGAGUUUGUCAGGUCACUCAAGUGGAAUUGACUCAGUAGGUUUUGAUUCUUCAGAAGUUCUUGUCGCUGCUGGAGCAGCAAGUGGAACAAUCAAGCUUUGGGAUCUAGAAGAAGCAAAGAUUGUUCGAACACUUACGGGCCAUAGAUCCAACUGUAUAUCUGUGGACUUCCAUCCAUUUGGGGAGUUCUUUGCAUCUGGAUCUCUGGAUACAAAUUUAAAGAUAUGGGACAUUAGAAGGAAAGGUUGCAUUCACACUUACAAAGGCCACACUCGAGGGGUCAAUGCCAUUAGAUUUACACCGGAUGGGCGCUGGGUUGUAUCUGGUGGUGAGGACAACACUGUCAAGCUGUGGGACCUUACGGCCGGCAAACUACUACAUGAGUUUAAGUCUCAUGAGGGGCAGGUUCAAUGCAUAGAUUUCCAUCCGCAUGAGUUCCUUUUGGCUACAGGUUCUUCUGACAAAACAGUCAAAUUCUGGGACCUUGAGACUUUUGAGCUAAUUGGUUCAGCAGGACCUGAGACAUCAGGAGUGCGUUGUAUGGCCUUUAAUCCUGAUGGGAGGACCCUGCUCUGUGGAUUACAUGAAAGCCUAAAGGUUUUUUCUUGGGAACCGAUUCGUUGCCACGAUACCGUGGAUGUUGGAUGGUCUAGGUUGUCAGAUCUGAAUGUGCAUGAGGGAAAGCUUCUUGGCUGCUCUUAUAAUCAGAGCUGUGUUGGAGUUUGGGUAGUUGACAUCUCGCGGAUAGAGCCAUAUUCAGUUCGUACGCGCUCCAAUGGACAUUCUGAAUUGAAGUCUGCUUCAUCUGGUAAUUUGUCAUUACAAAACGAAAACCCUGCUAAGGUUGGAUCAGGCCGGCUAUCAACAUCACAUAAUUCAGAUUUAGCAGAAAAAGAAACAAAACCUUCAGGAAGGCAUUUGGCAAACUCAAACCAGCCAAAUAAAGAUUCCAGAGUCUCUCCAAAUCCCGGUGGUAUACCUAGCACCCCUCAGCGAGUCAAUAUGAGCACUAGUCCAAGAAACACACUGCAACCUACAGCGGUAGUUCAGAAAAGGAAUUCCUCAAAAACACAAUCAAUGCCAAAUGCUUCUAUAAACAGUAAACCUGAUGUUGUGCCCAUAAUUGUCCCAAGAGAUGAUGCAAGACUAGAGCAAGCAGAAUUCAAGAGGGAAGUAUUUUCCAGGAGAAUUGUUCCUCAUCCUUCACAGUCUAAGUCUUCUGAGUCGAGAAGGUUUUCAAGCGCAACUGAAGAAUUUGAUGGGCCAACUAUUACCGCCCAACCUGAAAACACAGCUGUUAAGGCACCAGAAAUGGGCGGAGUUGCUAACAAGAGUAUGUUACUUGCUGCCAGAAACCUGAAUACUAGUCAACCUGUUACGGAGAGGAACCUGAAAGAGGAUAGAUGUGUCGGCUCUAUGAAGGUUGAAUCUAAUUCCUCAUCACAGCCUCUUACCAGCUCUCCGCUUGACAAUUUUGAAAUUCGAGUAUCUAAAACUAGUAAAGAUGCCGGUUCCACAGAACGUGCUGGAAGAACCCGCUCAUUGGUUGCAAACUGGGAGAAUAGAGAAAUAUCCCCCUCUUCUGAAGAUCCUACUACUACCAGCAGUACCUCUAUUGCAAGCUGUGUUGUUGACUCACGCCCUAUUAAGAUGAAAUCUAAGCCGCGGGGAAAUUCUCAUUCGACUGAAAAAGACAUGCCUUCAGUGAGUUCCGUCACAGAUGAUGAUAUUAUUGCCCAGAUUAUUGGAAGGCACGAUCAUUUUCUUUGUUCUAUGCAAUCACGUCUGGGUAAAUUACAGGCAGUGCGUAGAUUUUGGGAUCGUAAUGAUGUUAAAGGGGCUAUAGGUGCUAUGGAGAAGAUGGCUGAUCAUAGUGUCAUUGCUGAUGUAGUUAGCCUUUUGACAGAGAAAACUGACAUUGUUACAUUGGAGAUUUGUACGUGCCUCUUGUCACUACUUGCAAGCCUUCUUGAAAGUGAUAUAGAUAGGCAUUUAGGUGUUUCACUUGAUAUGCUGGUAAAGCUGGUGAGAGUAUUCGGUUCAGUAAUUUAUUCUGCAGUAUCUGCAUCAUCUUCUGUGGGUGUGGAUAUUGAGGCAGAGCAAAGGUUGGAGCGGUGCAACCUUUGUUACAUUGAACUUGAAAGGGUUAAGCUAUGUCUGCCAGCGCUUAUGAGAAGAGGGGGCUCAGUUGCGAAGUCUGCACAGGAGCUAAAUCUAGCGCUAAGUGCUGCUUCUGAAUGAUGACAGAUUCCAUUUCUUGUUGGAACAUAACAUCCAAACCACCUGACUGUAUUUAAUUGAUGAGACUGCUGCACCUGAUCUGUCCCAGUACAAGUCAAACACCAUAUGCAGCAUGCAAGUUCAUGCUGUCUGGGCUUGUGUGUUUAAUCACAUGCUAACUGAAAUCAUUAACCAAUACUGUUUAUACUUCAUGGUUACUGAAGGCGGAAGCUUGCUUGUGUAGCCCCACCUGCUAAAGUCGCAAAGUAAUGCAGGCGGCAACUGAUCCAUUGUGCCUCCUGGAGCGAAAGCUAUUGGUGCUUUUACUCCUCUAACCCAAUAUUCUGUAACCACUGGUUUCUUGAGUGAAGAGGUGUAUUAAAUUUCUUUUGUUCCAUUUGUAUUUGUGUACCAAGAAAGUUGAUUCACUCAAAAUGUUCAAUUUUUGUGCGUGUCGUGUAGAUAGCUUUACCCAUGUUGCUGCUGCUGUUUAGUUAUCUGCAGUAGUACUAACAAAUUAUGUUGGGAAAUCUGUGAGUAGUGGUAGUAGAUUUAGUGUUUCCAAAUUAGGGUUUGAGAGUGUAAAGCCUUGGUAUGGGGUACGGAGUAAUGAAGAUAAAUGGUGCUACCUUAAAUUUUUAUUGAAAACAUAACUUAUGGCAGUCUAAGCAUUGUUUAUAUACUUCACCAGCUUCUUGAACAUAAAAAAUGUUGUAUGAUGUUAAUGAAUUAACCUUAGCCCGUAGAGGCUGUACAUUCUAUUGGGUAAAAAAUAUUGCUUCUUGAA